GGAGGAAGUGAACUGGGGGGGGCGGUAGCCCGGCAGCAAAGUGAGGGACUCGCUCGCAGGGGUGUGAAUCCGUGCAAAGGAUCCCCUAGGGGGUGUGAAUCCGUGCAAAGGUGCCCCAGGGGUGUGAAUUUUGCACUGACCCCCUCCCCAUCUGGAGAAGUUGGUGCCGGGUGCUGGCAGAGCUGGGAUGACCCCGGAGGAAUGGACCUACCUGGCCGUUCUGCUUUUCUCUAUCCCCAUUGGCUUUGUCUUCAAGAGAGUGGGACACCAAGUGAAGCAGUUUGGGGGGGCAGCUGUGGGGCUGCUCCUGAUGCUGGUCACCUGCAACAUCCACACCUUGCACUCCCUGGUCACCAUCCUGGGCACAUGGGUCAUCCUCAGCCUCUCCCCAAGGUCCUGUCACUACCUGACCCUCGGCUGGACCUUCUCCUACCUGCUCUUCUUCCGGACAGUGACUUUCUUCGGGCUGCCGGCCCCCACCCCCUUCACCAACGCUGUGCAGCUGCUGCUGACCCUCAAGAUGGUGAGCCUGGCCAAUGAGGUGCAGGAGAUCAGCCAGGCCAAGAAGCAGGACGUCACCUCGUUCGCCAAGGGCCCCGCGAUUGGGCUGAUCCCCAGCGUGCCGGGGCUGGGCCCGAUCCUCUGCUACAGUUACUGCUACGUGGGGCUCAUGACAGGCCCCUUCUACCGUUACAGGACCCACCUGGACUGGCUACAGCAGCCGGACUCGCAGGUCAUCCCCAGCUGGCGCCCUCUGCUGGCGCGGGCCAGGCUGGUCCCGGUCUACGGGCUGCUCUUCCUGGGGGCAGCCCGGCUCUUCCCGCUGGAGUACGUGCGGAGCGAGGCCUUCGCCGCCCGGGCGCUGCCCUUCCGCCUCUUCUACAUGGUGCCCGUCUUCUUCGUCUUCCGCAUGCGCUUCUACGUGGCCUGGCUCUGCGCCGAGUGUGCCUGCAUUGCCGCCGCCUUUGGGGCCUACCCCACGGCCGCCCGCGCCCGCCCCGGCGGGGGCCCCACCACCUACUGUCCCAGGGCGGAGGAGGGGGCGCCAGGGGUGGCUCCCCCCGAGUAUGACUACGAGACCAUCAAGAACAUCGACCCGUACGGCACCGACUUCUGCGUGCGGGUGCGGGACGGCAUGCGGUACUGGAACAUGAGUGUGCAGUGGUGGCUAGCCCAGUACAUCUACAAGAGCGCCCCCUUCCGCUCCUACGUCAUGAGGAGCGGCUGGACCAUGCUGAUCUCGGCCUAUUGGCACGGCCUGCACCCCGGUUACUACCUCAGUUUCCUGACCAUCCCGCUGUGCCUGGCGGCCGAGGGGGCGAUGGAGGCCGGGCUGCGGGGGCGCCGGGGGGCGGCGCCGGAGUCCGACCGUUCCUGGGGCGCCUGGGUGCACUGGUUCCUCAAGAUGCGGGCGUACGACUACAUGUGCAUGGGCUUCGUGCUGCUGGAGCUGGGCGCCACCCUGCAGUACUGGCGCUCCGUCUACUUCUGCGUCCACCUGGGCGCCCUGGCCCUGCUGCUCCUGGGCCGCGCCCUGUCCCGGACUGCCCCCCGGGCCCCCUCCGCCCCCGAGGGGCCACACCGCGAGUGAGGGGCCGGGGGAGCCCCCCUCCCACUGCCCCCAUGGCCAGGACCUCUGGGCCCCCUGGAUCCAUCCCCUAUGGGCCCUGGGGGGCAGGGAGUAGCCACACCCUGGGGGCUGGGAACAGGACCCACACAUCAGCUCUGUGCUGGCCAUGGAGGGGGUUGGGGGGAAGGGCAUAGGCAAAUGGGGUGGCCCCCCAUCUUCCCCACUCUACAGGCCCCCACCUCUCCUUCUGGCUGGCUGGGAGGCGGAGGGGGAAUGUGCCCCACACUUCCUUGGGGGGGGGGGGGGAGAGACACUGAUCCACUACUAUGCUUCCCCCAAGGGUUCUGGCAGGCCUGCCCUUCCCCCACUCCUGGGGGGGGGGUAGGAGCCCUUCCCCCACAUAGGCUGGAGAUUCUCCCCCCUCCCCCUCCGGCAAGACCCCCACAUAAGAGGGUGUUUUCUACCCCUCCCCCCAGCCGCUGCUACACUGUGGCCUUAGAUGAGGGGGUCUCAAACUGGGGGUCGGGACCCCUCAGGGGGUCGUGAGAUUAUUACAUGGGGGGGGGGGGGAUUGCAAGCUGUCAGCCUCCACCCCAAACCCUGCUUUGCCUCCAGCAUUUAUAAUAGUGUUCAAUAUUUAAAACAGUGUUUUUAAUGUGUGUGGGGGGGUCGCACGCGGAGGCUUGCGGUGUGAAAGGGGGCACUAGUACAAAAGUGUGAGAAGCACUGCCUUAAAGGGACCAGCCUCCAAAUAGGGGGGGAACUCUCUUCCCCCCCCCCCCCAUUUUAAGCCAGGAUUCCCACCCCCCCAUCUGGUGUGAAACAAGUUGGCACGUUCUCAGGCAAAGCCUGAAGGGACCACAAAACUCCCCACCCCCAACCAGCUUGCUGGGGGGGGGGGUCCCCCAGCAUCGGCAGCUGGUCUGUGCUUAGCUGGGG